UGAAACUGAAGUGGUUUUGCAAACCCUUAAACUGUCACUAACCCGAAUCGUAUUCAUUUCACGGGUCACGAAGUUUGAAUCUAAUUCGAAUGCCACAUUCUGCUGUUGCCAAAUCUCGAUGUGCAUGUGGUUUAGUCUGUGUAUGAGGCUUUGAGUACUUGCUGCUGAGAGAAUGGCUGAUGUGGCAGGUCUAGUUGAGGCCUCAGGAUCGAGAUUCAGUUCAUUGGAGCUUAUUGGACAGGGAUCAUUCGGAGAUGUCUAUAAAGCAUUUGACAGGGAGCUCAACAAACUAGUCGCCAUCAAAGUAAUUGACUUAGAAGAAUCAGAGGAUGAAAUUGACGAUAUCCAGAAGGAAAUUUCUGUUCUGUCCCAAUGUCGAUGUCCAUACAUUACUGAAUAUUAUGGUUCCUAUCUCAAUCAAACUAAACUUUGGAUAAUAAUGGAAUACAUGGCUGGUGGUUCGGUUGCUGAUCUAAUCCAAUCGGGUCCUCCCCUUGAUGAAAUGUCAAUUGCUUGCAUUCUACGUGACUUGCUGCAUGCUGUUGAUUAUCUACAUAGUGAAGGAAAAAUUCAUAGAGACAUUAAAGCUGCAAACAUUUUAUUGUCUGAGAAUGGUGAUGUAAAGGUUGCAGAUUUUGGUGUUUCUGCUCAAUUGACAAGGACUAUAUCAAGGAGAAAGACAUUUGUAGGAACACCAUUCUGGAUGGCACCUGAGGUUAUUCAGAAUACUGAUGGAUAUAAUGAGAAGGCAGAUAUCUGGUCUCUGGGAAUCACUGCAAUUGAGAUGGCAAAGGGGGAGCCUCCACUUGCUGAUCUUCACCCAAUGAGAGUGCUUUUCAUUAUACCCCGAGAGAAUCCUCCACAGCUAGAUGAUCAUUUUUCUCGUCCAUUGAAAGAAUUUGUUUCUUUGUGCUUAAAGAAGGUUCCUGCUGAGAGGCCAAGUGCUAAGGAACUUCUCAAGGACCGUUUUAUUCGGAAUGCUAGGAAGAGUUCAAAGCUUUCAGAAAGAAUAAGGGAGCGUCCAAAGUACCAAAUAAAGGAAGAUGAGGAGACACCCAGAAAUGGUCCAAGUGGGAUGGGGGAGGCAUCAGGUACUGUAAAGGUGGCAAGAGAUUCAAGAGGUGAAGAAAAUAAUCGACCCAGUGAUCAGGGUAAAACCCUGAAAAGUGCUGGAUGGGACUUCAGCAUUGGUGGAUCACAGGGUACUGGAACCUUCCGUAAUGUUUCUCGACCACCGCAGUUUAGAGAUAAGAAAACUGAAGUUUCACAUAAUCAGCUUACCCAACGAAAAGCUCCAGAGAGGGGCUAUCAAGGGGUAUCUGUCAAUAGAAGUGCACUUAAUGAGUCACUUGAAAGUUCCUUUGGAAGAGAUCUUAGAGUUCCCCACCAUGAUGAGCAUCUGGAUAAUCAUCUUGAAGAUGAUGAAUUAUCUGGGAAUGGAUCAGGAACUGUUGUUAUUCGAUCUCCAAAAGGAUCAAGGUCAUCUGCAUUUCGUGACCAGAGCUCUCUGUCUAGCAGCAGCUAUGCUUCUUUUGAAGAUGCUUCUUCAAGUGGAACUGUUGUCUUACGUGGCCAGCAUGAUGAGUCUGAUUCUCCACAGACACCAAGGUCUCGAUUGGGACUUAAUGACAGAAAUUCAAAUGCCUCAAUGGAAGAUAGUGCAGCAAAUCUUGCUGAGGCAAAGGCUGCUAUCCUGAGGAAAUCGAAUGCUCGAGAGAGACUUGCCCGGGGAAAAAUCAACAAUGAUAGACAGGAAAGCAAAAGAGAUCAAAAGGCUAGUAGCUCUGAUUCUUCAAGACCGCAUGGUGAAUAUGAUGCACACAAGAGCAUGUUAAGAUCACAUCAUGCUAGUGAUGGCGAAGAAAGUGCUAAAAUAAUGUCAUCGUCGGUGCCGUUAUCUGUUUUACUUAUUCCUUCAUUAAAAGAGGCCAUUGCUGAUGAUCCAGAACUCAUGAGGGCAGUUAUCAAUUCUUUAAUAAACAUGGAGGGUACAAAACCUAAAUCCUGUGAUGUUUUUGUCAAAAAGUUGCUUCAGCGAUUGGCAAGUUCAAAGGAAGAUUCAUUGAAGGACAUGCAGGGACUGGCAGGCCAACUAUUCAGCAAGAACAAGUCAGCUGAAGAAACCCAAAAUGCGGAGGCUGAUAACAGGAAGAAACAACAAAACAAGGAACAUAAUUCAAAUAGCAAUUUAAGCCCACUAGCAAGAUUUCUUCUCUCAAGAUGGCAGGGCCAAACCUCACGGGAUCUAAACCCAUCUUGAGCAGAGUUUGAAGUUACAAGAUACCAAUUUGUGUGUUGUCUCUAUUUAUGCCUUUUUUUUUCUCUCAAUUAAUUGUACAUAUAUUAUUGUAAGAAAUUGUUUUUCUAUGUUCUAUUAUUAUUAUUAUUAUUAUUAUUAUUAUUAUUAUUAUUAUUAUUAUUAUUAUUAUUAUUAUUAAAUUUACUUUUUCUUUUAAUUAUUUUUUUCUCAUAGUGAUGGCGACAGUAAUGCUGUAUGAGGGUUUUCUCAGUUACAUGCAAUUUGUAACAAAAUCUACAUUGAUUUGUAUUUUCUGAUAGUUCUCUCUGCAAAGUGGGAUAAUAAGCCAAUUUACGAAUUA